AUGCCCGAAUGAAAAGCCUUUAUAACUCCGUGUAGCCAUCCUUUCCUCGGACUGCUCACCACCCAUUUUCUCAAACAAUCAUACUGAGUUUUUCCUUUCUCUACGCUAAAUCCAGUGCAGCAAGACUGAGAGCAGAAGAGAUCAGAACUGCAAUUAUUAAUGAUUUCUGAAGCUAAGAGGUUGUUGGUCAUCGGGAAUGCUUCUAAAGCAGCCAGGCGAAGUGCUAUCAAAGCACUUCUGUGGAGUUGUUCGUUUCAACCCGGAGAUAAGCUUAUGCUCCUCGGAGUCCUCCGCAAAGUCAAUAACCGAAGCGGAUACAGAAGCAAAAUGGACCUGAGCUCAAUAUUUGGAGCAAACCAGAAAACUGUUCAGGACGAACUUGCAGUGAAGAAGAAAGAAUACAUUAAUGAUGGGGAAAUUAAUAGUCUUUCUCAAAAGUGCAAAAUCAGUGGAAUCGAAUUCCACAUAGAAGUGCAGCAAGCAGGAGAUUCUCCCAGGGAAGUUGCUGUAAGAGCUGCCAGAGAUUUUGGGGCAACUUGGGUCAUACUUGACAAGCAUAUGAAGAAGGACAAGGUCUAUCUCAUGGAACAACUCCCGUGCCGAAUAUCAGUUGUAAAACACAAUAACGCCAUCAAAGAUCUGCAACAGAUGAGAGUAACGGUCGAUCCAGAUGUGAAGCGUAUAAGUAGAGAUGCUGCUUGUGGAAGUCAUGGGAAUGAGGAAUUUCAGAACCCCGUUUGCUCGGUCUGCAGGAAUAGACGUCCAAAGAUUGGUUGGAAGAGAAAUUUCACUUUCGAAGAGCUCCAAGCUGCUACAGAGGGAUUCUCUGCAAAGAACUUCAUAGCACAGAGCACGUUUGGCUUUUUGUACAGAGGAGAGCUGAAUGGCUUGAAAAUUGUUGUUAAGCAAAUGAAGAGUACAAGUUUCCAACAAGAGGAGUUCACAUCUUCAUUUUCUGCACUUAGUGGGGCUCGGCAUGAGAAUUUGGCUGUGCUGUUGGGAAUUUGUUCGGAAGGAAACCACAGGAUUCUUGUUUACGAGUACAUCUGCAACAGGUCAUUGGAAUUCCAUCUAUCAGAAUACCUCCUUGGUAGAAGCCUCAUUAGACCUCUGAACUGGGACCAGAGGAUGAAGAUAGCUUUCGGGGCUGCAAAAGGCUUGAAGUAUCUGCACGAAAACGAUAUCGUGCAUGGAAAAUUCAGACCUAGUAAUAUCCUCUUAACUCAUGAUCAUGAAGCCCGAGUGGGGAAUUUUGGACUUUCAACAGUAGAGCACGGCGCCUCAUUUUUCUCUUCCGGGGCAACGUUCGGAAAACUUGUAUAUUAUGCCCCUGAAUAUGCAGAACUUGGCAAAGCCUCAACUAAGACAGACUGCUUUGCCUUCGGAGUCAUGCUCUUGCAGUUGAUCACAGGAUUAGGGACAGCAGAUCCAAUACUAAGAGGGAAGAAUCUCGUACGCUGGGCGAGGCCACUUUUAAAGGACAGGAACUACCCCGGCUUACUUGAUCAAAGGAUAGGAGACUCCUAUGACAUUCACCAACUCUUUUGGAUAAUUCGGGUGGCAGAAAAAUGUCUCAAGAAGAAUCCUCAUAGCAGAAUUUCCAUGGAAAAGGUGGUCUCCACAUUGGGCUACUUAAUGGAAGGCAACACUGUUCCAGUUCUCAGGAACUUCUCCCCCUCAGAAUCGGAAUCAAAGAGCAGCCCUAUUGACUCGUCCAGAUCGACAUGUGAUGAUGAUAAGAGUUCAAGUGGGCAAGGAGUAGAAACAAGCAAUCUGUAACGAGCAGUAUGAACUACAUGUAAGGGAUCCUCAAGUAUUGCAGAUGCCCUUAUGUGCCAACAGCAUGACCCGGAACGGAUUGAUCAUAGUACCGCAUUACAGCGCUUUGUCAGUCUAUGUCACAUGUUUUUCUUGUGGUAUUAGAGGCAGGAUUUUGUCCGCACUAGUUGUCAGGGGCGGAGCCAAGAUUUUUAUCCAGGGGGAAAACUUAUACUUUUAGGGUAAAAUUUAAAAAAUUCAAAGUUCAGGGGGAUAAAGUAUUAAUUUUACAUAAAAACACAUACUUUUGGGGUAAAAUUUAAAAAUUUCAAAGUUCAGGGGGCAAUUGCCCCUACUCCUUCAUUGGCUCCGCCCGUGCUUGUACUAUUCACAUAUAUAAACUCAGAUAAGAAAGACAAACAUCUGUAAACUAGAAAUUUGCUGAUAUAACCAGAAACAAGGCCUUGUUUGUAAAUAACUCAACUUCAUUCCAACU